AUGAGCCGCGUCACUGCCGCAGUGGCCCUUGGGGGCCUAGCUUUGGCGCCUGCCUUCCUUUCCCCAGCAGCGCCGUCAACCCCCGGCCAGAAGCAGCUGCGUAUCGGCACCGUGGCAGAGCCGUCCUCCAGGCCAUCGUCAUCUGCUUCCACCUGCGCAGCUGGCGCAGCUGGCGUGCUGGGCGCGGCGGCAGUGGCAUCCCUUGUUGCCAAAAAGCCUGUCCGCUCCGCUGUCGCUUGCCAGGCUUUCGACGCCAGCUCGCAAGUCGGCGUCACGCCACCUUUCGGCUUUUUCGACCCGGCUGGCUUCACCAAAGGCGUGGAUGAGACGGAGUUCAAGCGCCUGCGUGGUUGCGAGAUCAAGCAUGGCCGUGCAGCCAUGAUGGGAGCUUUGGGUUUGCUCGUGCAGAGCGUCUACAAGCUGCCAGGCUACGAAUCCGUGCCCUCUGGUUUGGCCGCCCAGUGGUCGGAGCCAGGUGCACAGAGCCUGUGGAUUGUUUUCGUCGCCAUCGGCCUGCUUGAGCUUGGCAUGGCCCCAUGGAAGGAGGACCCUGCCAACCCAGGUGACUACGGUGAUCCGCUGAACCUGGCCAAGGGCAACGUCUCGGACGACAUCCGCAACCGAGAGUUGAACAACGGACGCUUUGCCAUGUUCGCCUGGCUGGGAAUCGUCAGUGCCGAGCUCUACACCGGGAGCUCCGCCGUCGCUCAGUUCGCAGUGGCACCGAAGCAGGUGGCCCGCGCCUCCAGCGGCUUCUGCGGCGUGUCGCUGGCCCGAGGGAGCCAGCGCAGCCUGAGCCUGAGCAGCCGCCGGGCCUUCGAUGGUGCCAGCCAGCCUGGUGCUUCCGCUCCUUUGGGCUACUUCGACCCACUGGGUCUCUCUGGCACCCAAGAGCGAUUCGACAAGUUCCGCGCCGCGGAAGUGAAGCACGGACGUGUGGCCAUGCUCGCCAUCUUGGGAUCCUUCGCCGCACACUGGGCCACUCCCCUGAACGCGGGGGCCGGGGCCGCAGGCUUUUCAAGCCCCAUCGGCGAGAAGGGCUGCGUGGCCUUGACGUUCUUCUGCGGCUUCUUGGAGCUCGGUCCCUGGGCGGAUGGAUACGCCAAGGCCCCGGGUGACUUCGGGGACCCCGCAUCCUUCGCUGGCACGCUUGGAAUUACCAACAUGGAUGAGAUGAAGACCAAGGAGCUGAACAAUGGACGCCUUGCCAUGAUGGCGACCAUCGGGAUGUGCGUCCAGGAGGCUACGUUCGGAGAGAAGUUCACCGAUCUCCCAGCACAGCUUGGCUUCUAA